UGGUUGAAUGGUCGCGUAAAUCGCAGUUGUAAAUCGAAAAUCGCCGCAAAAACUGACCCGUACAUGGCUCUAAAAUAGAUAUGUAAACUAAGAAAUAACACAGUGAUCGUAAUUGAUUCGUUCGAGUGAUUAAUUACCCGUUAACAUGGCUGAUAGCGAGGGAGGCUCGGAACAAGAUGAUGUAUCAUUCUUGCGUACAGAAGACAUGGUAUGUCUCUCUUGCACAGCUACUGGUGAGAGGGUUUGUCUGGCAGCUGAAGGAUUUGGUAACCGACAUUGUUUCCUGGAAAAUAUUGCAGACAAAAACAUCCCCCCGGACCUUUCGCAAUGUGUUUUUGUAAUCGAGCAAGCCCUAUCGGUUCGUGCAUUACAAGAAUUGGUCACAGCUGCUGGCAGCGAAGAGGAGCAAGAUUCGGUUGGUAAAGGCACAGGUUCGGGGCAUCGAACGUUACUUUAUGGAAAUGCCAUUCUACUCAGACAUCAGAAUAGUGACAUGUAUUUGGCAUGUCUGUCGACAAGUUCCUCGAAUGAUAAAUUAUCUUUCGAUGUCGGUUUACAAGAACAUUCACAAGGUGAAGCUUGUUGGUGGACGGUACAUCCAGCAUCCAAACAACGAUCCGAGGGUGAAAAAGUACGAGUCGGAGAUGAUUUAAUUCUAGUAUCAGUUGCUACAGAAAGAUACCUUCACACUGCCAAGGAAAACGAAUUAUCAAUCGUCAAUGCAUCUUUUCACGUCACACAUUGGUCCGUUCAACCUUACGGAACAGGUGUUAGCAGAAUGAAAUACGUCGGAUACGUUUUCGGUGGCGACGUUUUACGGUUUUUCCACGGAGGAGACGAAUGUUUGACUAUUCCUUCGACGUGGAAUGAAGCUCAAGGUCAAAAUAUCGUUGUGUACGAAGGAGGAAGUGUAAUGAGUCAAGCUAGAUCUUUAUGGCGAUUGGAAUUAGCACGUACGAAAUGGUCCGGUGGAUUUAUCAACUGGUACCAUCCGAUGCGAAUACGUCAUCUGACCACGGGACGUUACUUGAGCGUUAAUGAAAACAAUGAAUUGCAUUUAGUUACGAGAGAAGAAGCCACUACAGCAACGUCAACGUUUUGCUUACGUCAGGAAAAGGACGAUCAAAAGACAGUGCUGGAAGAUAAAGAUCUGGAAGUUAUAGGCGCACCUAUUAUAAAAUAUGGUGACAGUACGGUUCUGGUGCAGCAUUCUGAGACUGGGUUAUGGUUGACGUACAAGUCGUACGAAACCAAGAAAAAAGGCGUUGGAAAAGUUGAAGAAAAACAAGCAGUUUUGCAUGAAGAAGGCAAAAUGGAUGAUGGCUUGGAUUUCAGUAGAAGUCAAGAAGAAGAAUCCAGAACAGCUCGAGUUAUACGUAAAUGCUCAUCGCUGUUUACACAAUUCAUAACAGGGUUGGAAAGAUUACAAUCAAAUCGUCGAUCUUCAGUUUUUUGUGCGACUGUGAAUUUGACCGAAAUGGUGAUGUGUUUAGAAGAUCUUAUCAAUUAUUUCGCGCAACCGGACGAUGACAUGGAACACGAAGAAAAACAGAACAGAUUCCGUGCUCUGCGUAAUCGACAAGACUUAUUCCAAGAAGAAGGAAUUUUGAAUUUAAUAUUAGAAGCUAUUGAUAAAAUAAACGUCAUCACCUCGCAAGGAUUCAUGGUCAAUUUAGCCGGAGAUGAAUCCGGUCAAAACUGGGAUAUAAUAUCCGGAUACCUGUAUCAAUUAUUGGCUGCCAUCAUCAAAGGUAAUCAUACAAACUGCGCUCAGUUUGCCAAUUCGAAUCGUUUGAAUUGGCUUUUUAGCCGUUUAGGAUCACAAGCAUCCAGUGAAGGUACUGGAAUGUUGGAUGUAUUGCACUGCGUUCUAAUCGAUUCACCAGAAGCAUUGAAUAUGAUGAGGGACGAGCAUAUCAAAGUGAUAAUAUCUCUCCUCGAGAAACAUGGUAGAGAUCCUAAAGUACUAGAUGUACUUUGUUCCCUCUGUGUGGGUAAUGGGGUCGCUGUUAGAAGUUCUCAAAAUAACAUUUGUGGAUUUCUUCUGCCAGGAAAGAAUUUAUUGCUACAGACUCAACUAGUCGAUCACGUAGCUAGUGUGAGACCGAAUAUAUUUGUUGGUCGUGUGGAAGGAUCAGCCAUUUAUCAAAAAUGGUAUUUCGAAGUGACGCUCGAUCAUAUCGAACAAACUACUCAUAUGACACCUCAUAUGCGAGUUGGUUGGGCAAAUACUGCUGGUUAUGUUCCUUACCCCGGAGGUGGUGAAAAAUGGGGUGGUAAUGGCGUUGGAGAUGAUUUAUAUUCAUUUGGUUUCGAUGGUGCUAAUUUAUGGACAGGAGGAAGAAAUACCGAAGUAAUUUUGAAUGCUAAGGAGCCACUGAUUAGGAAAGGGGAUGUAAUCGGAUGUUCAUUAGACUUAACAGUACCUGUGAUAUCAUUCACAUUCAAUGGAAAUCCGAUUAAAGGCUCAUUUCACGAUUUCAAUUUAGAUGGAAUGUUUUUCCCCGUUAUCAGCUGUUCGUCCAAAUUAAGUUGUCGAUUUUUAUUGGGAGGUGAUCACGGUCGAUUGAAAUUCCUUCCCCCGGAGGACUUUUCUCCACUAGUGGAAAGUUUGCUUCCGAGACAGAUUCUGUCAAUUGAUCCUUGUUUUUAUUUUGGUAAUUUGAACAAAAAUGUGCUAGCGGGUCCUUUAUACGUCGAAGAUGACGUUGCAUUUGUACCGACACCUGUGGAUACAUCUUCGAUCACGUUACCAAACUAUGUAAACGAUGUGAGAGAUCGCUUGGCUGAAAACAUUCACGAAAUGUGGGCGAUGAAUAAAAUCGAAGCAGGAUGGCAAUUCGGCGAACGAAGAGAUGAUAUUAGAAAAAUUCAUCCUUGUUUGGUACCCUUUGAUAGGCUUCCUUCGGCUGAGAAAAGAUACGAUUCACAAUUGGCGGUUCAAACAUUGAAGACAAUUAUUGCACUCGGAUACCACAUAUCGAUUGAUAAAACACCAUCAAGAAUCAAGACCAUGAGAUUGCCAAAUGAACCAUUCAUGCAAAGUAACGGAUAUAAACCUGCACCCUUGGACCUGGCCGCGAUUGUAUUAACGCCCAAGUUGGAAGAACUUAUUGAUGAGUUGGCAGAAAACACGCACAACUUAUGGGCCAAAGAAAGAAUCCAACAAGGCUGGACCUAUGGCUUAAAUGAGGAUUCUGAAUUAUUACGUAGUCCUCAUCUGGUACCUUACAGCAAAGUGGACGAAGCCAUUAAAAAAGCUAACAGAGAUACAGCAAGCGAAACAGUAAGAACAUUGUUAGUUUAUGGAUACAGUCUAGAUCCUCCAACUUCAGAAGCUCAUGACGCUAUGCUUGCUGAAGCAAAUAGGCUUCGACAGUUGACAUUUAGAACUUAUAGAGCUCAGAAAAAUUACGCUGUUACUACCGGGAAAUGGUAUUUCGAAUUCGAAGUAUUGACUCCAGGACCAAUGCGUGUUGGUUGGGCUAGAGUAGAAUGUGAACCAGGAUAUCAACUAGGCAACGAUGAAAAUUCUUGGGCCUUCGAUGGAUUCAACGAAGAGAAAGUAUACCUGGGAACUGCGGAAUCAUUCGGAAGACAAUGGCAAGUUGGUGAUGUAGUCGGUGUAUUUCUCGACCUUCUUGAUCGCACAAUCAGUUUUUCUUUGAAUGGCGAAGUUUUAAUGGACGCUUUAGGAGGUGAAACAUCUUUUAGUGAUGUUCAAGGCGAAGGAUUUGUUCCAGCUUUUACUUUAGGAAUAGGACAAAAAGCCAAGUUGACUUUUGGCCAAGAUGUCAACGCUUUGAAAUACUUCAGCAUGUGCGGAUUACAAGAAGGCUACGAACCAUUUUGCGUGAAUAUGAAAUGGCCGGUUACUUUUUGGUAUACAAAAGAUCAGCCAAUAUUUGAAAAUACCGAUGAUUUCGCUUCGGUUAUCGAUGUGACGAGAAUACCAGCUGGAUCUGAUUCUCCGCCGUGUAUGAAAAUCAGUCACAAUACUUUCGAAACGAUGGAAAAAGCUAAUUGGGAAUUUCUAAGGCUAUCUUUGCCAGUUAUGUGUUUGUCUGAGUUCAUCGACGAGGGAGAAAAACAACGUCGGUGGCAAGAAAUUCGCAAACGUCAGCAUCGUUUGAUUUCUGAAGCAGAUCGUUCGACUCCGGCGCAUAUAGAACAAAUAAUGAAAUCUGGAUUCUCUAUGACUGAUAUAAAAGGCCUUCAUAGAGGAUAUUCUGAAGAUGCUGUAGAAUCAGAUGAUAUGAUGCUCAGUCCUACAUCUUCACCGAUGACAAAAUCUAAACGAAGUCCUAAGCCCACAAGACCGCCAAGAAAAGGCUCCCUGCCCAGAUCUGAUGAUAUUCCUCAAAUUAAUGUUAAAAUGGAUAAGGGAAAAAUUCAUCGGUCUACCAGUGAACUUGAUUUGAAUCGCUAUGACAUGCAUCACGAUAUGAGCAAAGAUGACAAAAAAAAGAGAGGACGUUCUCCUUUCAAGUUUUUCUCUAGGAAAAGAGAUGCAAGUGUCGAACAUAAAAAAGCCAAAACACCCGAACCCAGAAUGCCCGAAAGACCUGAUAAACACAUGUCUCGAUACAACACAUUGAAUGUUCGACAAACACCUCAAAUUAGAAUUUCACAGGGAGAUAUGAAAAUGACUCCUUCUCCAGUAUUGGAACGAAGUGCAGGACCAAAAGUCAUGUCAGUAGCGGCGACUUCCAAUGUGGAAUCAUUUGGUAAUGAAAUUUUCGACGCUGAGUGUCUGAAAUUAAUUAACGAGUAUUUCUACGGAGUCCGGGUAUUUCCUGGUCAAGACCCCACUCACGUGUAUGUCGGCUGGGUCACAACACAAUUCCAUCUGCAUAGCAAAGAUUUCAAUCAGAGUAAAGUGCGCAAGAGUACCACAACAAAGGUUGACGAUUAUGGGCGUCCCACGGAAUGCAUAGAUAGGCAAAGUUGCUACAUGGUAAGAGCUGAUGAACUUUACAAUGAAGUGACAAAUGACGCUUCAGGAAAAGGAGCCUCCCAAGGAAUGUUUAUCGGAUGUUCCGUAGAUGCUGCCACAGGUUUCAUAACGUUCACUUGCGAAGGCAAAGACACCUCUCAUAAAUUCAAGAUGGAACCCGGUUCCAAAUUAUUCCCGGCAAUUUUCGUGGAAGCAACGAGUAAAGAAAUAUUACAAAUUGAACUCGGCCGCACAUCAACCACAUUACCUCUUUCAGCAGCUGUUUUACAAAAUUCAGAUCGUCACGUUACUCCUCAAAUCCCUCCGAGGUUGAAAGUACAAUGUUUGAAACCCAAUCAGUGGGCCCGAGUGCCCAACACGUCCUUACAAGUACACGCUUUAAAAUUAUCAGAUAUUCGAGGAUGGAGUAUGCUGUGUGAAGAUCCCGUAUCGAUGCUUGCAUUGCAUAUUCCUGAAGAAGACCGUUGCAUUGACAUACUCGAGCUUAUAGAAAUGGAAAAACUUUUAUCAUUCCAUGCUCAUACUCUCACAUUGUACGCAGCCCUGUGUUAUCAAGCUAAUUACAGAGCGGCUCAUAUUUUAUGCACUCAUGUCGAUCAGAAACAACUGUUGUACGCGAUUCAAUCAGAAUAUAUUUCAGGUCCAUUGAGACAAGGCUUUUAUGAUUUACUUAUUGCCCUUCACAUUGAAUCUCACGCCACAACGAUGGAGGUGUGCACCAACGAAUACAUUGUUCCUUUAGGGCAAGAAUUGAAGCAAUUAUACGAAGAUUCGAAUAUGGGACACAGUUUGAGAUGUUUACAAACUGAAUCUGUUCGUCCUACACUUCAAAUGACUGAUAUAUCGAACUCGGUGGAGACAGUUUCGAAUUUAUACAGUCCACAUUUUCCUUUGGAUGUCGUAAGAGAUUAUGUAAUAACCGCCUUAGAAGAAGCAGUUGCCAUUAAUCAGGUCCACAAUCGUGAUCCUAUCGGUGGUUCCAAUGAGAAUUUAUUUUUACCUUUAUUGAAACUUGUUGAUCGUCUUCUGUUGGUUGGAAUGUUGAGAGAUGAAGAUGUUGAAAAACUUUUAAUCAUGAUCAAUCCUGAAACUUGGGAUCCCAAUUUCCAAAUAGGAGAAGACAACCAAAAGAAAGGAUUACUUCAUAUGAAAAUGGCGGAAGGAGCAAAAUUGCAAAUGUGUUAUUUAUUACAUCAUCUGUGCGAUGUUCAAUUACGUCAUCGAGUCGAAUCCAUUGUAGCGUUUAGCUUAGAUUUUGUUGGGGAUUUGCAAACUGAUCAAUUAAGGAGAUACAAUGAAAUCAAACAAUCAGAUUUGCCAUCUGCAGUCGCAGCAAAGAAAACCAGAGAAUUCAGAUGCCCUCCGAGAGAACAAAUGAAUGCAAUUUUAAGUUUCAAAAAUUUCGAAGAAGAAGAAAAAGAGAAUUUACUUUGCCGAGAAGAUCUACGAGACCGUUUAAACGUCGUUCAUGAAAACCUAAUGAAACAGGUCUCGUUGGUUGCUUUACAAGAACCAGCGGAAGAGGAACUUGCUGCUGAAUCAACGAAACCAAAUAUUUUUGUUAAAUUCAAUAAUUUGGUAAAUGCUGUCAAAGAAUUGGAGGAAAAUCAAAAAGAAGAAGAAGAACCGGAGAAAAAAACACCCGAAGAAAUAUUUAGAAAAGUGUUGAUCAAGACUAUUGUGAACUGGGCUGAAGAGUCACAAAUUGAAAUACCAAAAUUGGUCAGAGAAAUGUUCAGCUUAUUAUUGAGACAAUAUGAUAGCGUGGGGGCAUUAAUCCGAGCUUUGGAGAAGACUUACGUCAUUAAUAAUAAAACUAGGGAUGAUGUUUCACAAAUGUGGGUUGGCCUCAGUCAAAUUAGAUCAUUGUUACCAGUGCAAAUGUCUCAAGAAGAAGAAGAACUAAUGCGUGAAAGAUUAUGGAAAUUGGUGAACAAUCAUACUUUCUUCCAACACCCUGAUCUGAUACGAAUUCUAAGAGUCCAUGAGAAUGUAAUGGCUGUAAUGAUGAAUACUCUCGGACGACGUGCUCAAGCUCAAUCAGAUGCUCAGCCACAAGCUGCGCCAAAUCAAGAAGGCGAAGUUGUUACAAAAGAAAAAGACACUUCUCAUGAAAUGGUGGUAGCUUGCUGUCGAUUUUUAUGCUACUUCUGUCGUACAUCUAGACAAAAUCAGAAAGCUAUGUUCGAUCAUUUUUCAUUUUUGUUGGAACACAGUAAUAUUUUAUUAUCUCGUCCUUCUUUGAGAGGUAGUACACCAUUGGAUGUCGCUUAUUCUUCAUUGAUGGAAAAUACCGAAUUAGCAUUAGCUCUGAGAGAACAUUAUUUAGAAAAAAUUGCCAUAUAUUUGUCGAGAUGUGGCUUACAAUCAAAUUCCGAACUUGUAGAGAAAGGAUAUCCGGAUCUCGGUUGGGACCCAGUUGAAGGUGAAAGAUACCUGGAUUUCUUGAGAUUUUGUGUUUGGGUCAAUGGUGAAAGUGUAGAAGAAAAUGCCAAUCUGGUCAUACGGUUGUUGAUAAGAAGGCCAGAAUGUUUAGGACCUGCUUUAAGAGGGGAAGGCGAAGGAUUAUUACGAGCUAUAAUAGAUGCCAAUAAAAUGUCUGAAAAAAUAGCAGACAGAAGAAAAAUUAUGGACGAGGGCGAAGGACAAAUUCCCAACAUGCAAUUCGAGCAUCCUUUACCAGAGUCAGACGAAGAUGAGGAUUAUAUCGAUACUGGCGCAGCCAUUUUGAAUUUCUACUGUACUCUGGUUGAUUUACUAGGAAGGUGUGCUCCAGAUAGUGCUGUUAUAGCUCAAGGGAAAAAUGAAUCGUUGAGAGCAAGGGCAAUUCUACGUUCUUUGGUACCAUUGGAAGAUCUCCAUGGCGUGCUCAGUUUGAGAUUCACUUUACAUAAUCCAGCCACUGGAGAACCGAGACCAAAAAGCGAUAUGCCUUCUGGAUUGAUACCAGCUCAUAAACAAAGUGUCGGGCUUUUCUUAGAAAGAGUUUAUGGUAUCGAGCAACCCGAACUGUUUUACAGACUACUCGAGGAAGCUUUCUUACCAGAUUUGCGAGCAGCUACUAUGCUUGAUAGGAAUGAUGGAUUAGAAUCUGAUAUGGCUUUGGCUAUGAAUCGAUACAUUGGAAAUUCAGUUUUACCUCUUUUAAUCAGCCAUUCCAAGUUUUACAAUGAAUCUGAUAAUUACGCCAAUUUACUCGAUGCAACUUUGCAUACGGUUUAUAGGCUAUCAAAGAACAGAAUGUUGACCAAAGGUCAAAGAGAAGCUGUGUCUGAUUUUUUGGUUGCCCUCACAAGCCAAAUGCAACCCAGCAUGUUAAUGAAAUUAUUACGUAAACUGACAGUCGACGUAUCGAAAUUAUCAGAAUACACUACUGUUGCUUUGCGGUUAUUGACCCUUCACUACGAUCGUUGCGCUAAAUACUAUGGCUCUACCGGAGGACAAGGACUUUAUGGGGCCUCGAGUGAUGAAGAAAAACGUUUGACAAUGAUGUUAUUCAGUAACAUAUUUGAUUCGUUAUCUCAGAUGGACUACGAACCUGAACUUUUUGGAAAAGCUCUCCCAUGUUUAUCAGCGAUAGGUUGCGCCCUUCCACCUGAUUAUUCGUUAUCGAGAAACUACGACGAUGAAUUUUAUGGCUCAAAAAUCAACGUUCAAAUGGAGCCUGCUGAUGGUCCGUAUAAUCCACAGCCCAUCAAUACUUCGAAUGUCAUGCUGAAUAAUGACCUGAAUACCAUUGUGCAGAAAUUCUCGGAACAUUAUCACGAUGCGUGGGCAAGUCGUAAAUUUGAGAACUCUUGGGUUUAUGGUGAUCAAUGGUCGAGUUUAAAUAAAUCCCAUCCACGUCUGAAGCCUUACACGAUGUUAAAUGAUUACGAAAAAGAAACAUACAAAGAACCAGUCAGAGAAUCUUUAAAAGCUCUACUUGCUAUAGGCUGGAGUAUCGAACAUUCGGAAUCGGAUGCUCCUUUAUCGAAUCGUGGAUCUAUACGACGUCAAUCCAAGUCUGCGACUGAUCAAACCAGUCCAUUCAAUUACCAUCCCAAUCCAUUGGAUAUGACAAAUUUAACCUUGAGCAGAGAAAUGCAAAAUAUGGCUGAAAGAUUGGCCGAAAAUUCGCACGAUAUUUGGGCUAAAAAAAAGAAAGACGAGCUCGUCACUUGUGGAGGCGAAAUUCAUCCUCAGCUGGUUCCUUACGACUUACUCACUGAUAAAGAAAAACGAAAAGAUCGAGAACGUUCGCAAGAAUUUUUGAAAUAUUUACAAUAUCAAGGAUAUAAAUUACACAAACCUACUCGUGGAGGAACCGCCAGUGAUGCUGAACUUCAAGCAAGAAUUUCCACAGGAGAAUUAAGAUUUGCCUACAGUCUUUUGGAAAAAUUAAUUCAAUACACGGAUCGUGCCUCGAUCAAUAUGCAGAUUCUGAAGCCUUCUAGCAUCUUUAGUCGACGAUCGAGUUUCAAGACUUGUACCAGAGACAUCAAAUUCUUUUUCAAAGUCGUUUUACCAUUGAUAGAAAAAUAUUUUAGUACUCAUCGGAACUAUUUUAUCUCUGUAGCAACUGCAUCCAAUAAUAUAGGAGCUGCUUCUCUCAAAGAAAAAGAAAUGGUGGCAAGUUUAUUCUGCAAGCUGGCAAAUCUAUUGCGAACUAAACUGGCGGCAUUUGGUUCAGAUGUGAGAAUUACUGUGAAAUGUUUACAAGUGUUGGUUAAAGCCAUCGAUGCCAGAUCUUUGGUGAAGAACUGUCCGGAAUUCAUACGAACAUCGAUGUUGACAUUUUUCAACAACACGGCUGAUGAUUUGGGUCAUACGAUUCAAAAUCUGCAAGAUGGACGAUACUGUUAUUUAAGAGGAACGCAUUUGAAAACAUCGACGUCUUUAUUUUACAUCAAUGACGUUGUUAUUCCAACAUUAACCGCUAUGUUUGAUCAUUUAGCGGCUUGCGAAUAUGGCAGUGAUCUCUUAUUGGAUGAAAUCCAAGUAGCAUCUUAUAAAAUGCUGAGUAGCCUAUUCUUCCUUGGGAUUGAUCACACUUUGACUCACGAUAGAAAAUAUUUGAAAACUGAAAUUGAGCGUCAUCGACCAGCGAUAGGAAGUUGUUUAGGAGCGUUCAGUUCUACUUUCCCUGUAGCAUUUUUAGAACCACAUUUGAAUAAACACAAUCAGUUUUCUUUGCUGAAUAGAAUCGCUGAACAUUCUUUAGAAGCCCAAGAUAUUAUGGCUCGUAUGGAAAAUCUAAUGCCAACUUUGGAAACAAUUUUAAGCGAAGUUGAUCAAUUUGUGGAUUCGGAUAAAACUCACAUAGAAGCUCCUCAUAUUAUCGAUGUAAUUAUGCCAUUGUUAUGCUCAUACCUGCCAUUUUGGUGGGCUCAGGGACCAGAUAAUGUAUCGCUGACAGCAGGAAAUUAUGUCACAAUGGUUACCAGCGAUCACAUGAACCAGGUACUCAAAAAUGUUUUGAAAUUAAUCAAGAAGAAUAUUGGAAAUGAACACGCCCCUUGGAUGACUAGAAUUGCUGCUUACACGCAGCAGAUUAUAAUAAAUUCUUCCGAGGAGUUACUCAAAGAUCCAUUCCUCCCCCUGGCAGAGAGAGUAAAAAAACGAACUGAAACACUAUUUCAUAAAGAAGAAUCAUUAAGAGGAUUUAUUAAAUCUUCUGCGGAUGACACUUCUCAAAUUGAAGCUCAAAUUCAAGAAGACUGGCAACUUGUGGUUCGAGAUAUAUACGCAUUUUACCCAUUGUUAUUGAAAUAUGUGGACUUACAAAGAAGUCAUUGGUUGAGGAAUAAUAUUCCAGAGGCUGAAGAAUUAUAUAAUCACGUUGCAGAGAUAUUUAAUAUUUGGUCCAAGUCUCAAUAUUUCUUAAGAGAAGAACAGAACUUUAUUUCGGCCAAUGAAAUCGAUAAUAUGGUUCUAAUAAUGCCUACCGCUACUCGUAGAUCUACUGUAGUGCAAGAUGCUACUGUUGGAGCAACUGUUGGAAAGAAAAAGAAAAAACACAGAGAUAAAAAAAGGGACAAGGAUAAAGAAAUUCAGGCCAGUUUAAUGGUAGCUUGUUUAAAAAGACUGCUACCUGUUGGUUUGAAUUUAUUUGCUGGCCGAGAACAAGAGUUAGUUCAACAUUGCAAGGAUAGAUUUCUCAAAAAAAUGCAAGAGUAUGAGGUGCGAGAAUUUGUCAAAACACAGCUCACCCUACCAGAUAAAAUUGAUCCGGCCGAUGAGAUGUCUUGGCAGCAUUAUUUGUACUCCAAGUUGGGCAGUAAAAAAGAUAGCGUUGAAAUAAAACCUCAACAAAUUGAAGAAGUUGUUGAUCGAAUAAUGGCUAUGGCAAAAGUUUUGUAUGGAUUGCAUAUGAUUGAUCACCCUCAGCUUCAAAGCAAGGCUGUAUAUCGUUCAGUUGUUUCAAUUCAGCGUAAAAGGGCUGUCAUUGCAUGCUUCCGGCAACUAUCACUUCACGCUUUGCCCAGGCACCGUGUUGUAAAUAUAUUUUUGCGAUCUUACCACGAACUCUGGCUACAAGAAGAAAAUGUUGGACAGGAAGUAAUGAUUGAAGACUUAACGCUCUCAUUUGAAGAAGCAGAGUUGAAAAAAAAAGAUAAGAAAGCAGAAGAGGGAAAACCAGAUCCGCUGACUCAGCUUGUCACCACAUUUUGCCGUGGAGCAAUGACUGAAAGAAGUGGAGCUCUCCAAGAUGACGAUUUGUAUAUGUCCUAUGCAUAUAUUAUCGCCAAGUCUUGUGGAGAAGAAGAAGAGGAAGGAGGUGGUGACGAAGAAGAUGGAGGUGAAAAUGGUGGUGGUGAAGAGGAAGGCGGUGCAUCUAUACAUGAACAAGAAAUGGAGAAGCAGAAACUCUUAUUCCACCAAGCUCGCUUACAAGAUCGCGGUGUUGCUGAGAUGGUAUUAUUGCAUAUUUCUGCUUGCAAAGGAGUACCUAGUGAUAUGGUGAUGAAAACAUUGGAAUUGGGAAUUGCAAUUUUACGAGGGGGUAAUAUCAAUAUUCAAAUGGCUAUGCUGAAUCAUUUGAAGGAUAAGAAAGAUGUAGGAUUUUUCACUUCAAUAGCUGGUCUCAUGAAUUCCUGCAGUGUUCUAGAUUUGGAUGCAUUUGAACGUAACACAAAAGCUGAAGGGUUAGGAGUGGGUUCUGAUGGAGCUGCGGGUGAAAAAAAUAUGCAUGAUGCUGAAUUCACCAGUACCCUAUUUAGAUUCAUACAGUUGACUUGUGAAGGGCACAAUUUAGAUUGGCAAAAUUACUUGAGAACUCAGGCUGGAAAUACAACCACUGUGAACGUUGUGAUAUGUACAGUAGAUUAUCUGUUGCGUCUUCAAGAAUCCAUUAUGGACUUUUACUGGCAUUAUUCUAGCAAAGAGUUAAUUGAUCCGGCUGGAAAAGCCAAUUUUUUCAAAGCCAUUGGGGUUGCAAGUCAAGUUUUUAAUACUUUGUCUGAAGUAAUUCAAGGCCCUUGCACGCAGAAUCAACAAGCUUUAGCUCAUUCGAGGUUGUGGGACGCUGUUGGUGGAUUUCUGUUCUUAUUCUCUCACAUGCAAGAAAAACUAUCCAAGCAUUCCAGUCAAGUUGAUUUGCUCAAAGAAUUAUUGAAUCUUCAAAAAGACAUGAUUACAAUGAUGCUUUCAAUGUUGGAAGGUAAUGUGGUAAAUGGCACAAUUGGUAAACAGAUGGUUGAUACACUUGUAGAAUCAGCUUCAAAUGUAGAGCUCAUUUUGAAAUAUUUUGACAUGUUUCUUAAACUAAAAGACUUGACCAGCUCAGCCAGCUUUCAGGAAAUUGAUAUAAACAAUGAUGGAUGGGUUUUUCCAAAAGAUUUCAAAGAAAAAAUGGUUCAGCAGAAGAAUUAUACACCGGAGGAAAUUGAAUUCCUACUUCAGUGCUGCGAAAGAAAUCAUGAUGGUAAAAUCGAUUAUGUUGGUUUUACAGAACGAUUUCACGAACCAGCCAAAGAAAUUGGUUUCAAUUUAGCUCUUUUGUUGACAAAUCUAUCAGAACAUAUUCCUAAUGAACCUAGAUUAGCAAGAUUCUUAGAAACAGCAGGAAGUGUACUGAAGUACUUUGAACCAUUCUUAGGUCGUAUUGAGAUCAUGGGCAGUAGCAAACGAAUAGAACGUGUAUAUUUUGAAAUUAAAGAAUCAAACAUCGAGCAGUGGGAAAAACCACAAAUUAGGGAAUCAAAAAAAGCGUUUUUCUACUCAAUUGUUACCGAAGACGGUGAUAAGGAAAAGCUAGAAGCUUUUGUCAAUUUCUGUGAAGACGCCAUCUUUGAAAUGCAACAUGCUAGUGAAUUAAAUGUAGUUGAUGAAGGAGCAGCAGGCAGUGGCAAGACUAGAAAAGCUGCUUACAAUUAUUUAUCCGGAGAAGAAGAUAGAAAAUCCAAAGAUCCAAUUAGUUACGCUUUUCAAACCCUAAAAGAUGGAGUGUUUUUCUUCUUUUCAAUGCUUUCACCUUCCAGUAUCAGUAAAGGGAUACAACAAGUGCAAAAUAUGACACCACUGGAAUUGGGUGUAUCAGUUUUCAAAAUUUGGUUCUAUGCAUUUUAUUACAUGGGAUACAGUAAUCUUGUAAUAUUAAGAUAUUUUGGUAAAAUAUUGAUGCUGUUAAUGAGAGGUCCGCAACCAGAGGAGCAAGUUAUUGAAGUCAAAGAAGAGAGAUCAGGACCAUUACGAGUUUUAGCUGCAUUACCAAUGGCUCCAGAAGAUUUGAGCACAAAUAAAAAUAAUGAACUGGUGUUACUUGAUGGAAUAUCGCCUCCGCAUGGCACAUCAGAAGACAAUGCAGAUCGUACAGAAACAGAAGGAGGUACUGAUGAGCAAAAGCAAGAACCCAAACCGGCUGCAGUCACUUUGGCUGAUUUAUUGGGAGGUGAGGCAGCUAGAAAGGAAGCAGCGGCUACAGCUGAAGUAGCAGCUCAACAGCAAGCAGUGAUGGCUGCCAUGGAGGCUGAAGCAAAACAAGAAGGGUCAAAAGAAUCUGCUUUUUCGCAGAUCGAUUUCAAUGGCUACAGUCAACGGGUACUCAACUUAUUAGCCAGAAAUUAUUAUAAAUUAACUUAUGCAGCUUUAAUAUUAGCCUUUGGUAUAAAUCUCAUCCUGCUGUUUUAUAGAGUUUCUACAUUAGGAGAUGAUUCAGAUGAUGUCACUGUAGCCGUAGUGAGUUCCUCAAGCAGUGAAAAUCUGAGUGAAGGAGAAAAUGAGGGGGGUGGAAGUGAAGAAGAGGAGAGCACCGCUAUAGAAUUGGUUCAUGUCAGCGACGAUUACUAUUAUAUGGCUCAUGUUAUGAGAAUUGCUGCUACUUUGCAUUCCAUAAUUUCAUUUGCUAUGUUAAUUGCAUAUUAUCAUUUGAAGGUGCCUCUUGCCAUUUUCAAGCGAGAAAAAGAAAUUGCUCGAAAACUUGAAUUUGAAGGCAUUUAUAUUACCAAUCAAGAUGAAGAAAGCGGCGGUUUUAGGAGAUUUUGGGACAAAUUAGUCAUAUCUUCGAAAUCUUUCCCUGUGAAUUAUUGGGAUAAAUUUACUAAAAAGAAAGUUCGAGCAAAGUACAGUGGAACAUAUGAUUUUGACACUAUUAGUAAUCUGCUAGGUAUGGAAAAAACUUCAUUCUCCAGUGGAUCAGCGGACGAGGAAGGAUCUGGUUUGAUAUUUUUUAUUUCAAAUAUUGAUUGGAGGUAUCAAAUUUGGAAAGCUGGAGUAACAAUUACUGAUGGUGCUUUCUUGUACAUCCUGGCGUAUUCUGUAUUUUCAAUUGCGGGAAAUUUUAAUAAUUUCUUCUUUGCUAUACAUUUAUUGGAUGUUGCUAAGGGAAUCAAAACAUUGAGAACAAUUUUGCAGUCUGUAACACACAAUGGAAAACAGUUGCUUUUAACCGUGAUGCUGCUCAUAAUUGUUGUGUACAUUUAUACAGUUAUAGCAUUUAAUUUCUUCCGUAAAUUUUAUGUUCAAGAAGAAGACGAUGACGUUGAUAAAAAAUGUCAUAAUAUGUUGACGUGCUUUGUAUUUCAUCUUUACAAAGGAGUAAGAGCUGGAGGAGGUAUUGGUGAUGAAAUAGAACCACCUGAUGGAGAUGAUUAUGAAGUGUAUAGGAUCAUGUUUGAUAUUACAUUUUUCUUCUUUGUAAUUGUUAUUUUGCUGGCUAUUAUUCAGGGUUUGAUCAUCGAUGCAUUUGGUGAGUUGAGAGAUCAAUUAGAAAGUGUGAAAAAUGACAUGGAAUCGAGUUGUUUCAUUUGUGGUCUGGAGAAACAAUAUUUCGAUACAGUUCCUCAUGGUUUUGACACUCACGUUCAACAAGAACAUAAUUUAGCAAAUUACAUGUUCUUCUUGAUGCAUUUAAUCAAUAAACCUGAUACGGAGUACACUGGUCAAGAAACCUACGUAUGGAACAGAUAUCAACAACGAUGCUGGGAUUUCUUCCCUGUUGGUGACUGUUUCAGGAAACAAUACGCAGAUGAACUUGAAGGAAGUGGAGGAGGGGGUGGAAGUUAAACAUCAUAUCGCUAAUAAUAUGUAUUAAAUAUGUGCUGUAUGAUCAAGAAAUGUAUUACACACGUCGAUGAAAUAAGAAACUGCUAUUCUUUGUUUUGUU